UGUUAUGACACGACUCCGUGAGAAACUGUAGUGUCAUUCAGAUUCAAGCAAUUUCUUUUGAUAUUCUUUGACAAACCAAGAUCGACAAUGGCCCUGUUGGUGGAAAAUGGAAAAGGACGCUUACCCGAUUACGAAGUACAGGGAGCAAAACAAGUCAGUUUCAGUCCGUAUUCCGACAAUGGAGGGAGUGUGGUAGCUCUCGCAGGGGAUGAUUUUUGCGUCAUAGGCGCAGAUACGCGUCUUAGCACAGGAUUCUCGAUCUACACUCGAGACCAAGAUAAAUUGUUCCCCCUGUCGAAAACUACUAUCUUAGGAUGCUCCGGUUGCUGGUGCGACACCUUGACUCUGACUCGUCUCUUGUCCGCUCGUAUGCAGAUGUAUAAACAUGAACAUCAAAAAGAAAUGUCAACUCCAGCAACAGCACAGAUGUUGUCAAUAAUGCUAUAUCAUAAAAGAUUCUUUCCAUAUUAUAUUAGCAAUAUACUUGCUGGAUUGGAUGAAAAUGGAAAGGGCUGUAUAUAUAGUUAUGAUCCAAUUGGACAUUGCGAAAAAACUACAUACAGAGCAGGUGGUUCAGCUGGUGCUCUUUUACAACCACUUCUUGAUAAUCAGAUUGGGUAUAAGAACCAAGAAGGUGUCACUGCUACACCCUUAACUCAAGAAAAGGCUGUAGCAAUUCUGAAAGAUGUUUUUACUUCUGCAGCUGAAAGAGAUAUAUAUACAGGUGAUGGAAUAACUAUCAAAAUUAUUACUAAGGAUGGAAUAAAAGACUCCAGUUUUGCUUUGAGGAAGGAUUAAUGGAAAACAAAAUCAGCAUUUAUAUUAUCUCUAUACAAAUAAAAUUAUUUGAAUAUUUCAAGUGU